AUGGCUUUUAUUGCAGCUUUUAUAUAUCUUUGCUGGGUGAAGAAGAAAGUAAAUGAACCGGUUUCAAGCUCAAUGGAUGAUUCAUGUAUGAAUGUAUCUUACGGGACACUCUUAAAAGCAACUGAAGGUUUUUCUUCGGCAAAUUUGAUCGGUGUUGGAAGCUUUGGGUCAGUUUACAAGGGGAUACUUGAGGAUAAUGGAACGAUUGUUGCCGUGAAAGUGCUUCAUUUAGUUCGUCAUGGUGCUUUGAAGAGCUUUAUAGUCGAGUGCGAGGCAUUUAAGAAUGUCAAACAUCGAAAUCUUUUGAAGUUGCUAACAAUUUUCUCUAGUAGUGAUUAUCAAGGAAUUGAUUUUAAGGCCUUAGUCUACGAAUUCAUGGACAAUGGAAGCUUGGAACAGUGGCUACACUCAUACACGACAUCAUCUCAUGAUAAUAUGCUCCCGAAAAGUUGA